GAGACAGACAUAGGGCACCAGUGGGGGCACCUACCUGUAGCACCCAUGUCUCCAUCUUGUCUGUGCUGUUUGCUCCUUCUCACCCUCGCGGUGCUUGGGGAAGAAGAAGAUGGACAAAGCAGAGAUGGGAGCCAUUCAGUAGGGGAAAGUUUGGCACCUAGAACCCAACCUGAGGGCCACGGAGCCGAGGGAAAUGAGACAGAACAACCAGAGGCCUCACAAGGAACAGGGGGGGACACAGGAGGUGCUGGGAACCCGACUCCCCCAAAAACUCCAGAGGGAGGUUUGGCACCCAGAAUCCAACCUGAGGGCCAAGAAGCCAAGGGAAAAAGGACAAAACAACCAGGGGCCUCACAGGGAACAGGGGGGGGCACAGGAGGUGCUGGGAACCCGACUCCCCCAAUUACUCCAGAGGAAGAUUUGGCAUCAGCACCCAGAACCCAACCUGAGAGCCACGGAGCCGAGGGACCGGAUUCCGAUCAUCAUGGGGGAAAUUCCCCAUCAACAAGAGGAGACAAAAAUAGGAGCCAAACACCCAAUAAAAAAAAGGCAGGUCAACAGGGGAUCUCACACGGAACAAGGAGUGGUCAUCCUGCUCCUCAUAAUAAUCAUGCUCCUCCUGCUCCUCAUGGUUCUCCUGGAUCUCCUGGUUAUCCUGCUCCUCCUGCUCCUUCUGCUCCAGAGAGUCCAGGAGAAGGUUUGGAACCUGGAACCCAACCUGGGAGCCCUGGAGCCGAGGAAAAUGAGACGGAACAAACAGGGAACCCGCAAGGAUCAGGGGGGGACACAGGAGGUGCUGGGAACCCGACUCCCACAGUUGCACCAGCUCAGUGUCGCCUCUCAGAGAUAAAGGGAAUAAACGGAACUGCAGGAGAGAAGGAACAUUAUGACCCAGGGGAAUCCGUGAGCGUUUGGUGCAGCCCGGGGUAUUACCCCAAUAACAUGACAAUGAGAUGUAUAGGGAAUGGCACGAGCGCCACGUGGGAUGAUCCUAUUCGCUGCACUGAGCAAUGCCGGAAAUCUGCCCUCUCCCUGGGUACAAAUGUGCAGCUUGUUCCACCCCAGGAUUAUUAUCUGCCCAACACUGGGGUAUCUGUGAGGUGCCCAGGGGGGUAUAAACCCUCACAGGACAAUAUAACCUGUAAGGCUGAACAGGAUAAGUCUGUGUGGGAUGUAACUGCCCCCAUUCGCUGUGUGGCACAAUGUGCAAAGCCGACAGCACCGGGAAUAGAAAGUGUUUCCAACCAGAGAGAAUCAAACAGAGAUUAUUAUAACCGGGGAGAAGAGGUGGCGGUGACCUGUAAGAAGGGAUAUCAGUCUGUGUCUCAGAUAAUUAGAUGUAAGAAAACUGACAAGAAUGGUACCCGCAGUAACUGGAAUGUGUCGCUCCCCUGUAUUGAGCUGUGCCCGAAAUCUGCCCUCUCCCUGGGUACAGAUGUGCAGCUUGUUCCACCCCAGGAUUAUUAUCUGCCCAACACUGGGGUAUCUGUGAGGUGCCCAGGGGGGUAUAAACCCUCACGGGACAGAAUAACCUGUAAGGCUGAACAGAAUAAGUCUGUGUGGGAUGUAACUGCCCCCAUUCUCUGUGUGGCACAAUGUGCAAAGCCGACAGCACCAGGAAUAGAAAGUGUUUCCAACCAGAAAGAUUAUUAUAACCGGGGAGAAGAGGUGACGGUGACCUGUGAGACAGGGUAUCAGUCUGUGUCUCGGCCAAUUACAUGUAAAUGGAAUGGUACCCACAGUAACUGGAAUGUGUCGGCCCCCUGUAUUGAACAAUGUGCAAAGCCGACAGCACAAGGAGUCAAUUCAUCUUCUCUGAAGAAACAUUUCUAUGAUGUUGGGGAAUCUGUAACAGUGACCUGUGCCCGAGGGUAUCAGUCUGUAUCUCGUGCCCCCGGGUAUCAGUCUGUAUCUGGGGCAAUUACAUGUGAGACUAAUGGUGGCCGCCCCAAUUGGAAUGUGUCGGUGCCCUGUAUUGCUUUCCAGGUAAAUGUAAGGCGUGUCACUCCCACCAGCAUCUCCCUCCAAUGGGAAUGUCAGCCUGGGCCCUGCCGUUCAUACUGGAGCAUCAGUGUUUCCUAUUGGCCAAAGGGACAAAAAGAGAAGGUGAUACACACAGUGACAGAGGGGGCUACAGUCAGGGGGUUAGAGCCCCACACUGAGUAUAUAAUCACCAUCUAUGGGUACAGACAAGGCAAAUGGACAGAACUGGAGAGAAGAACCAUCAGGACAGAGGAGUCAGCUCCGGGGAAACCGGAUUUUACUCAGGAUCCCAGUAUUAAUAAUAAUACGCUAAAAUGGCGACUGUUAGAGACGCACGGAGUCCUUACUGGGUACCAGCUGAACAUCUCGGCCCAUAGAGAAUACGAUAUUACCUUCAGUGAAACAGAAUCUCAUUGGCUGGGACCCAACGUGACGGAGUUUAAUAUGGAGCUCAAAUACGGAACCAACUACACUGUGACUCUCCGAGGCUUCACUGUAUCUGGGCCCGGGGAACCUGCAGUCUGGGCUCACGAGACUUCUAUAGGAGAACCUCCGGAGCCAAUAAACAAAUGGAUAGGAGUAGCCAACCAAGCCGCCUUCUUUCUACUUCAUUCUGUUCCCUCUCAGCACGGACCAAUCAGUUCCUAUGAGAUAAUCAUCGCCCAGGGCUGGAAUGGGAACCUGAGCCAGAUAUGCACCAGCUACACCAGCACACUGUACAACUCCAGCCAAGUUCCGACUCUGUACACUGCAAUGCUACUCCCAGCUGAGAAUGUUACAGGGAGUAUGAAUGUGACCCUCGGGGAUGGGCGGAACGAUGGCACCUUCUACAAUGCUCCUCUGAGAUCAGAUCAGAACUACACACUCUACGUGAGAGUCACCAGUACAUGGAAGGAGGUGAAUAAAUCGUCCUGCACCAGAUUUGGCCCCUUCCUCAUUGAAGAAAAAUGGCCCCUCCCAGUCCCUGCUCUGAUUGGAGGACUUGCAGGGGGCGGGGCCCUAUUGCUGCUGGUGGCCCUGCUGGCUUUCUGCGGAUUGGUCAGAUCUGCAAAGUGUCGGUCUCCAUUCGGCAAAUCCAAUGGGAUCCCAAUGAGCAACAGGAAUGAGCGGGGGAGGAAAAAGCGAGACAUCCCAGUCGAUGAUCUACUCGAGGUUGUAAAGCGCUUUCGGAAUGAGGAGCUGUUAGUUACUGGGGGGAGUGACGAGGAGAAUUCCAGCCUGUUACUUGUGGGGCGCCCCAAGGAAUACAAGGAACUGCCCUCGGGCCCCUUGUACCCCUGUGCCGCUGCCUCAUCUGAGCAGAACAGAACCAAGAACCGAUACAAAAAGGUUAUUCCUUAUGAUAACUCCCGGGUGAUUCUGCGCUCAGACCCCUCAGGGUCUGGUUAUAUUAACGCCUCCUACAUAGAUGGUUACAGACACCCCAAGUUCUUCAUUGCUACCCAAGGUCCCCUCCCCGAGACUGUGGCCCAUUUCUGGAACAUGGUGUGGCAGGAGAACAGUUCCGUGAUUGUGAUGCUGACGGGGUUGGAGGAACAGAACAAGGUAAAGUGCGAGCGCUAUUGGCCAGAGGAGACACAGACAUACGGGGACAUCAGGGUGUCGGUACAAAGUAGCACCCAGACGGGCGCCCUGGUUACGCGCAGCUUGGCCCUACAGAAGGUGGGGGGCACAGCCCAAAGGACUGUAGAACAUCUGCAUUACCUGCAGUGGCCGGACCAUGGAGUUCCCAAUAAGCCAUCUGGGCUUCUGCAGCUCGUAGAACAGAUGAAUGAGUGCAAGCUCCCCGGGUCAGGCCCAGUAAUUGUGCAUUGCAGCGCCGGGAUUGGUCGGACGGGCACGCUGCUGGCGCUGGACAUACUGCUGAAGCGGGCGCGGGCGGAGGGCAAGGUGAAUGUGUAUGAGUGCACUCUCCAGAUGCGCCGGAAACGCCUCAAUAUGGUGCAGACCCAGGGGCAGUACGUGUUCCUGUAUGACGUGUUGCUGGAGACGCUUGUGUGCGGUGCCACCAGUCUGCCAAUAGGGGGCGUCCAGUCACACGUGUGCAAGAUGGCGGCUCUGGAUCCUGUAACCAAAACAAGCGGCUUCACUAAGGAAUUCCAGGCUGUGGAGAAACUGACAGAACUGUAUAAAAUCUGCUCGUACAGAGAAGCCCAGAAACCCGAGAAUCACUGCAAGAAUCUCGAUUCCGACAUCAUUCCAGGUGAUCACUGUCGCCCAAUCCUAAUGUCUGUGAUGGACCAACAUGGCGCCCCUGGUUACAUCAACGCUGUUUUUGUAAAUUCCAACAGCCAAGAGGAUCUGUUCAUUGUUACUCAGCUGCCCAAUUGGGAGACGCUGGCAGAUCUGUGGUCGCUGGUGUGGGAUUAUAGAUGCACCGCCAUCGUGGUGAUGCACUCGGCGCAGGAAAUACGGGAGCUUUGCCCGCACUUCUGGCCGGAGUCUGGGGAAUCCACUUACAGCAACUUCCGUCUCAGAAAGAUUUCCAGCCUGAGAGACAGCGGGUUCUCUGGGGCGACGCUCCACUUACAGCAUAAGAAAGAGCCCGCCCUGGAGGUGCAGUUGUGGCAUCUGGACUCUUGGCCAAAGGAUAAACCAGUCCCACAGGACCCGGGGGCCAUUAUCAGUCUGAUUGGCAAAGUGGAGCGGCUGCAGAACGGGGAGAGCCAUGUCCUAGUGAUGUGUGGCGAUGGGGCGACCCGGUCAGGCGUGUUCUGUGCUGGUACCGUAAUAUGCGACCAGAUCCGCAGCGACGGCUUCUUAGAUGUCUCCCAGGCAGUGCGAUCCCUCAAGCAGCGGCGCAGCCAACUCAUCCCUAAUGUAGCUCAGUACUCGUUCUGUUACUCGCUGGCUCAGAGUUAUUUGAGUUCCUUCGAGACCUACGGGAAUUUCCAGUAGUCGCCGGGCGGAUACGGGGCGUCGCCUGGAGCUUUCGGCCAAUCGGACACGAGCUUCACUUUGCUGACAUUCAGUACUCGCUGUAUAUAGGGAAUGUAUAUUCCUGACUGACACAGAUACAUAUUUCAGAGAAUGAAGAAAUUAAAUUAAAGCUAUUUUUUUAUUAUUAAUUAUAAGAUAUUGUUGUAAACGGCUUUAACCAAUCAGUGUCUUUGUCUCAUUAAUCCUGUUGCACAAACUUCUUAUUAAAUGAACAGAACCAAA